AUGCCACUACGACAAGGAAGCAAACAAGGGAGCCGACACGCUACACCCCCCGUUGCAUUCAAAGUUGGCCGACCAGACAGCCGAGCAGGCUCAAGAGAUCCCGGCGGACAGAGCCCAGCACAACCGGAGGCAGCUGCUACCAGCGCGAGUGCAAGCCACAAGAAUAAGCCCAAAGCAGCCGAUUUUAUUGGCGCCGACGAUAUGGAUGUUGAAGAAGGCGAGGAGGACGAUAUUGUGGUUGAGGAUGAUGCAAUGGCAGCCAUGCAGGCAAUGAUGGGCUUUGGAGGAUUCGGAACUACAAAACAGAAGAAAGUAUUGGGGAAUGAUAUUGGUGGGAUCAGGAAAGAGAAGAAGACGGAGUACAGGCAGUAUAUGAACAGAGUUGGAGGAUUCAAUAGGCCGCUCAGUCCCAGCAGGGAGACGUAA